UCCCCACCGCUCUCACCUUUCCUUUUCCCUUUCCCUCCCCCCUCUCUUUAUAUGCUCGUCUCCAUGGUGAGCCCAAGAUCUCUUCUCCGUUCUCGCCGGACGAUGAGAGCCUCCGCCGCCGCCGCCGCCGCCGGGGACCGUAAUGGAACUCUCGCGUUCCUCCUCCUCCUCCUAAUACUCCCCCUCAUCUAGCGCUAACUCUCGCGGGCGCGCGAGAUCCCCUCGCUCUCCCCCGUCUAUGGUCGGAGAGCCGCUGGGGUUCGUGGAGCAAUCGGGGGUCGGUUAGUGUGUUUUGCGCUCCUGUCGUCGUCAUCGUCGUCGUUGUUGUUGGUGCUGGUGUUGUUGAUUUGUUGAUCGCGGUUUGUCCCGAUUCGGUUUUGGAACGGAGGGGUUAAGAGUUUCGGGUUUUGAACGCUUUGUGUUCGACGUUUUGCGUCGAUUGCGUGAGCGUAUGUGUGUGUGUAUAUAAUAUAUUAACCUCCCACUUCUUCUGGAGAAGUUUUGGUCUUUCAGGAGUGGCGUUUGUGGGAUUUCUUGCUAAUAAUUUCCGAGAUUUGGGGUUUUUGGUGGUUGCCUUCGGUUUUCUUUUUUUUUUGGGUUGCGAAGGAUAUAGUUAUAGUGGGUUUUGUUACAGAUAUAGCAAAUUAGUGUGUUAAUUGUAAGGAACGGGUAGAGAACGAAACCCAGGGGAGGGUUGUGGCGGGUAGGAUCUGCUGGGUUUCUUUACUGAUUGGUAGCAGUUUCGGCUGAUUGGGAGUAGCAGAAAUAUCGGUUUUUGAAAUGUUUCGAAGGGUCAGAUCUUGCAUCUCUUUGGAAUCUCUGAUGAACGGCAGCCGGGAGCGCGUGAUGUGCCACGCGUGCCGGGCUUCCCUCACCGUCGCUUCUCGUGUGAGCAGUUGCAGGAGCUGCGGCAGGGUUUUCUGCUGGAAGUGCAUGGAAGGCGGAGGCCAAGAAGAGCUGCCAGGAUUGUGCAGCUCCUGCUUUCGAGCUGUGAGAGGGAGCGGAGAACCAGUAGAGAAGCAGUUCGACGGAGAGGAAAGCCCUUUGGUCUCUGCCAAAAGCUUUCCUGAGUCGCCUCUGUCGAGAUCUGGGAGCAGCAGGAUUCCCCAAUCACCGAGACCACGGCAGUUUCCUUCUCCACUUGCUACUUGUUGCUCCUCCGUGAGGAGAGAAGAAGACGGAGAGGAUGAAGAUUCUGGGAGGCAGUUCCUUACGCGGGUGAGUUCGUUCUCUCGUGAUAUUUGGGAUACAGAUUCCAUCAGUAUGAGCACUGGGAAUGAGAUGUAUAGUGUCAGUUCAAGCCUCUUUGAUAGUCCUUAUAGGGAAGCAGAGUUGGGGGAUAUCACUCCCACCUCCAGAAGGACUGCUUCGUUUGGUCAAGAUUCUCCUACUUACUCGAGAAAACUCGAUGUGGAAUCCGCUGAAUUGCCAGAAAAUACUAACAGCUCCAUCUACGACGAUCUUUCGUUUUACCGCAGCCAAGAAAGCCAAGAGGCUCAACAGCCGUUUGAUUAUAAGAGCGAUGAGCAAAUCUGGUAUCCUCCUAAACCAGAAGUCGAGGAGGAUGACAUGGAAACUGGGUUGGUCGAUGAGGAUGAUGAGACUAGUGAGCCAGGGAAGUCCUUUAGGCCGACUAGCUUCGGUGACGGUGCACAUGGUAUAAAGGAGAAGAAUAACGAAGUUCACAAGGAUGUUCUAAAGAAUGCUGUGCAGGGGCAUUUUAGAGCUCUUGUGGCACAGUUAAUGACAGAGGAAGGCGUCUCUUUUAGGAUUGAAGAUGAUCAGGAGAAAUGGGUACAGAUCGUCUCUUCAUUGGCAUGGCAAGCUGCUAGCUUUGUGAACCCGGACACUAGCAAGGGUGGCAGCAUGGAUCCUAGUGACUAUUUGAAGGUCAAAUGUAUACUCUCGGGGAGUCCAAGCGAUAGCACCCUUAUUAAGGGGGUUGUUUGCUCUAAAAACGUGAAGCACAAACGCAUGAUCUCGCAGCAUAUGAAGCCUAGAUUGCUUCUCUUUGGAGGAGCACUAGAGUACCAGAGAGUCUCGAAUAAGCUGGCUUCUAUAAAUGCGGUUCUUGAACAGGAAAAGGAGCAUCUUGCAAUGGCUGUUAAAAAGAUCGAGGAACGUCGACCUAAUGUUUUACUGGUUGAAAAAAGCGUCUCUUCAUAUGCACAGGAACUUCUGUCAAAAGAUAUUUCUUUAGUUUUGAAUAUCAAGAGGAAGCUUUUGGAUAGAAUAUCACGGUGUACGGGCGCUCAGAUUGCUUCAUCAAUUGACAAUGUUCCUUUGGCAAAGCUAGGACAGUGCGAAAUGUUUCGGGUAGAGAAAGUUAAGGAAUGUUCAUCUGGAAAGGAUCCAGGCAACAAGUCCAUUAAGACAUUGAUGUUUUUUGAAGGCUGUCCCAUGCGUUUAGGGUGCACGGUUCUUCUAAGAGGCACAAGUUGUGAAGAACUAAAAAAGAUUAAACAUGUAGUGCAACUGGGAACUUUCGCAGCCUAUCAUCUAUCACGUGAGACCUCAUUCCUUGCAGAUGAGGGUGCUACUCUACCCAAGAUUCCUUCAAGACCAUUAAUUUAUGAUCCACAAAUGCGUCAGGGUGCAGAUUCUUUUGUCCCAAGGGCUUGUGAUCCUAAUACACAUCCAACUAUUGGGGGCAAAAAUCUAGAUGGGUCAUGCAGCAAACCCUUAGAAGGCAUUGAUCCGUACUCAAAUUCAUCAUCCUCGAACAAAGAUCUUUUGCGGACUGGUUCUGAAGAGAAAGUGCAUGAUUUCUCCAUUAAGCAGAGGGGUUCUAGUAAUUUUUUUUACUCGUCACCUUUAAAUGAGCCUCAAAUUGAUGCUCACACACAUCGAGUUCAUGCCUUGGAGAGACCAGAACAGGGAAAUAACUCAGAGAUUCAGUGGCAUAAUCGAUCAGAUGAUGAACAUAACAGGAGGAUGGAACUUGAUGAUCAGAGAUUCAGUGGCACAAUCGAUCAGAGGAUGGAACUUGAUGACUAUCAGGAGUUUCCUCGUGAUUACUUCUCAACUGCUGACAAUCACCAGAUCUUGGUUUCUUUGUCAAAAACUAAUACGCAAAAGGGCACAGUUUGUGAAAGGUGGCAGCUCAUUCGCAUGAGGUUCUAUGGUAGUUCAGAUAAGCCACUUGGAAGAUUUCUACGUGAAGAUUUGUUUGAUCAGGCAUCUUGCUGUCCAUCUUGUAAGGAACCAGCUGUUGCUCAUGUUAGGUGUUAUACUCAUCAGCUAGGCAGCCUAAUUAUUAGGGUGAGGCAACUUCCCCAAUCAGAGAAGUUGCCUGGUGAGCAUGAUGGAAGGAUAUGGAUGUGGCAUAGAUGCCUCAAAUGUAAACUUGAGAACGGGGUCCCACCUACGACACGGAGAGUAGUCAUGUCUGAUGCUGCAUGGGGGCUCUCUUUCGGAAAAUUCCUGGAGCUAAGCUUUUCAAAUCAUGCAACAGCCAACCGAGUUGCUAGUUGCGGUCAUUCUCUUCAAAGAGAGUGCCUACGUUUUUAUGGGUUUGGAAGGAUGGUUGCUUUCUUUUACUAUUCUCCUGUAGACAUUCUAUCUGUUUAUUUACCACCUUUGUUGCUGAAUUUCACUUGCCAGAAUUCGCAAGAGUGGAUGAGAAGAGAGGCAGAAGAGAUAUCCAAGAGAUUGGAAUGCUUGCAUGCUGAGGUCUCUGCUGUGCUUCAUCGCUUUGAAAGAAAUCUAUCAACUUCUGAGGAUGUACCUUUAAAGAUGGGCAUUUAUAGACACAUUAAUGAGCUGAAGGAUAUGCUAAAAAUGGAGAAAAAUGACUAUGAUGUCUUGUUGCAACCACUGACAUCAGAAAAUAUUCAGCCCUCCCAAGUAUCUGUUGAGAUUUUAAAGCUUAAUCGUUUGAGACGUGACCUCCUCUUUGAUGCUUACAUGUGGGAUUGGAAUCUAUGCUCUAUAGAUUCACACUCUAAAGGUAACGAUUAUACUAGCAAAGAUAAUCCACUACCUAUAGACAAGAAGCUAACAGAGUGGAAGUUUGGGGAGUCCCGUAAAGAUGCGAGCCUUGCAAACCUGCCUGAAGAAAACAUAACGAAGUCCUCAAGCCUGUCAGCAAGUCUGAGGAAAUCAAGUCUAUCUGAGCAUCAAGAGGAAGUAAAUUCACAAGUUUUAGAGUGUAAUUCCAGCAACGCCGUUGAAAUGGACUUGCCAAUUGAGUCCGUUGAGAGUUAUGUGGGCCAAGCUGGCCUCAAUAAUGAGCGACCGCACAUUGCUGAACCGAUCACUGUUUCAACAUCUUUGGAGAAGCUCCCUUCAAAUUUGUCAGAGAAGAUAGAUUUGGCGUGGACUGGUUCAGGGCGGUUGGGAAUGGACUCACCAAAAGGUAGUCCUGUAGAUGAUUCUGUUAGAUCUCUUAAAUUGAUUGAUAACCCACAAUUCAGUAAGGUAAUAUCUCCUGUUCGAGUUUAUUCGUUCGAUUCUGCUACAAGACUGCGGCAUAGAGUACACGCCGGAUUAUCACCCCCUUUGCAUUUGUCUUCUCUGAAGUUAGUUGAUUCUUGUGGGAAAUUUCUACAGCCAAACAUGCGAAGAGCCUAUUCUCAAAGGGCUCCCAUGGGACUAGAAAGACUGAAUAUACCUUGUAUUCAAAGACCUGUAUACAUCUCAUCACCAUGUCAUAUGAACAGUGAUGGGGCUCGACUUCUACUACCUCAAAUCAGUUCUGAUGAAAAUGUUUAUGUUGCGGUCUAUGAUGAUGAGCCCACCAGCAUAGUAUCCUAUGCUUUGGCAUCCAAAGAAUAUGCUAGCUUCCUUGCUCGACCACCUGAUUUGUCCGAGGAUCAACAGUCUCAACCUUUUAGAUUUUCUUUUGAUGAUGAAUUUUCAGAUCCUGCCGAGAAAACAAAGUUCUCCGUGACGUGCUAUUUUGCGAGACAGUUUGACAUACUUAGGAAAAGAUGCUGCCCAAACAUGAUGGAUUAUAUAGCUUCCUUAAGCCGCUGCAGGAGAUGGGGUGCUCAAGGUGGUAAAAGCAGUGCUUAUUUUUUCAAGACAUUUGAUGAGAGAUUUAUUGUAAAACAAGUCACCAAAACGGAGUUAGACUCUUUUGAGCAAUUUGCUUCCAAGUACUUCAAGCAUUUGGAAGAUUCAUUUUCUUCUGGAAACCCAACCUGCCUGGCUAAAGUUGUCGGCGUUUAUCAGGUUGGUGUCAAGAGUGUAAAAGGAGGGCGGGAAUGGAAGAUUGAUUUUAUUGUGAUGGAAAAUCUUUUCUUUAGUAGGAAGAUAUCGAGGGUCUAUGAUCUAAAAGGGUCAUUGCGGUCCCGCUAUAAUCCUGAUACUUCUGGUGACAACAAAGUUCUCUUGGAUCUGAAUCUGUUAGAGGCGCUUAGCACAAAGCCUAUAUUUGUGGGCAGCAGAGCGAAGAAGAGAUUGGAAAGAGCUGUGUGGAAUGAUACAUCCUUUCUUGCGUCUAUUGGUGUCAUGGACUACUCACUCCUGGUCGGCAUCGACGACGAAAAGAAGGAGCUUGUUAUCGGAAUCAUCGAUUACAUGCGACAGUAUACAUGGGACAAGCAAUUAGAAACAUGGGUAAAGGCCGCGGGCAUCCUCGGUGGCCCGAAAAAUACAUCCCCAACAGUUAUAUCCCCGAUGCAGUACAAGAGAAGGUUCCGGAAAGCCAUGUCACAAUAUUUCCUUCCCGUUCCUGACGAGUGCUCUCCUUGAGGCCCUAUUAAAGGGAUUUUUCCCAUCCGGCGUGCAGAGAGGGGAGCUUGAGAGGAGGUGAAGGAAGAGAAAUAGACUUCUGUUGUUUCAUGAUUAGUUCUACCAUUUGAAUCGUCAUCCUAAAAAUAUGCUGCAGAAGGAUCAAGCUCUCUGUGGACAUACAGAAAUGCAGUGUCCAGACGCUAUCUGGUAGGGUUUCGAUCCGUACACAUUCUUUUUUUUCUGUGGGACGGUCAACAUUUACCGGCAAAGAAAGGUGAAAUUCUUUGAUGUAAUUUGGCCAUUACAAUAUAUAUUGUCCAUAGAUAAUCGCCUUCCCUGUUGAUUCGCCUUGUUAAUUCUUUGAAGGUAAUUACGAGACUUUUAUGUCCAAUCACUCGCCCGGUUAAUUUUUAAUCCUCUCUCACUUCUAGUACUCUUCAAAGUCCGAACUCUCUCUCUGUUUUUUUGGAGCAGAAAACUUGUUAGUUUCUGCCGUCAAAUGCUAUUGCUUGUCAUGAUUAGUUAUGGAACAAACACCGAAAUCAUGAACUUCAACAUUUCAGGUUGUAGUUUGUUGUAACAGGAGCUGAUAUUUUUUAGCCA